AUACGUUCUUAAGAUUUUCUGUAUGCCAUGACUCUAAACUUGGCGGGAGAAUAUUUUGAUAUAGGUUUUAAAAACCUGCACUCGAAAAAAUAGAUGAAGAUAUUUAACAAAGAAUUGAAAGGAGGAAAAUGAAUCGAUAUGGAGUCUGCUGAUCUGUCAAUAGAACCUGCUGACAAAGGGAAUGUUCGCACAAAGGAGGAUGUUUGCGAGAUUUUAGAAUUAGCCACAAUUAAAGAAUCCGAUUUAAAUUCCGUGACACAAUGUCUGUAUCCGAUGAAGGAUCAUCAGGUUGACAACCUGAUAUUGUUGGAGGUAGACGAGCACAUAUUAGGAGCACUAAACGAGGGUGAUACAGUAUCAUUUCGUGGUAACAAGCAUGACAAUGCUACACUAUGCACGCAAACUCGGACUUACGAGAUCAGAGAGGCCGAGAUAUCUAACUCAUGGUUGUUGAUACCAAACUUGAAGCUGGGCAAAGCGACAGACAUUGGGAAAGUGGAUGACAGAACUGUAGAGAAAUGUAAUGUAAAAAAGAUAUUCAAUUCAUACUAUGAGGUUAAGGAAACCAAGCCUGAUCUGGCAGGUUUAUCUACUCUGCUUAAUUCGUCGUCCUUCAAGGGAUUAGAAUAUGAAUCUAUGGUAGAUCAAAAAACAUUGUAUAGUUGGGAAAGAUUACAGAGUGAGUUGCAAGCCAGUGAUCACGAAUUAAAGCAAGCUUUAACAGAUUUCUUAAUAGCUGAUAUAGAUGGUUACUUGCGUCUUGUGUCGUUUGACGUGGAAGCAAGAAGUUUGAAUUUGAUGUUGGAUUAUUUUGAAGAACAGUCUUGGGAACUUGAUGAAGUAGAUAAAGAGAAAACUUAUGAAAGUUUAAAAGAGCUUAUUCACAAACCUGUCUUUGAUGUUAUAUUUGAAAGAUAUACAGAAGUAAGCACAAAAACAAAGGAUGGCAGUCCAUUGUACAUGUACAAUGAAGAAAAAUGUUGUGCAAUGAUAGCGAAAGUUCUUCUCGCUGCCUCUCCUGUCACUGAAUAUGAAGAGUUCAUAGAAACAUGGAAUCUGGGAACUCCCGAUAAAAUGCAACCAAAAGAAAAAUAUUUACGUGGAUCGGCCCUUGUAACAUACAACACUUCGAAAAUGCAGAAGGAAAUUGUAUCUUGUCCUGAGGUGGAUCUACCUAAUAACAUUCACGAUAGACUUAAUGAACUUUUCCAAAUUAAGGCUAAAUGGACUAUUGAAGAGAUAACACCUUAUAUUACGCGUUUUACAAAAGGUGCAAUGAACGCUAAUGCACUUUUAACCAAGUAUGCCAGAUGUUCGACAAAAAAUGGGAUAAAAUAUUACGGAUCAAAACAUGGCAAGUGAUAUAGCGAUUACAUUUGUAGUAUGCAUUCAAUUGUUUUACAAUAAAUACUUAUACAUAUGUUGUUGAUUAAUUGUAUUAAUGCCAGAACGAUAUUUCAUAAUUGUCUAUGUUAAAAUAAUACGCGUAAUUUAUUUAACUUGUAAUCGUGUGUUACACAUAGUUACAUUUAUACAAUUUGUAAGUAUUUUUGAGACGAAAUAAGAUUGUAUAUAAUUAUUUUCAUUUAUUUCACUGACGUAAUAAUGACAUCAAUGAUAUAUUAUCAAUGGUAUGUUAUCAAUUAUUCAUUAAAGGACCAUAAUUUCAGAUAA